CCCUCAGAGGAGAGGCACCUGAGAUGGCGGCGGUGUGCGAGUGGCGCUGAUCCUCUCCCGUCUCGUUUCGUGAGGGCAUUUCUCGCCCUGUGAUAGCCGUUCCCGGUGGGGCCUAACCCCUGUCUCUGCCGGGCGCCUUCGCCUUACCCGGGGCCCCCGGCUGAACCCCGCUUGGAAGCUUCUGUCCCCUGCCCGCGGGGAGCCCGGCCCUUCGGCAGGGGAGCCAUGAGCGCCACGGACCGCUCUGCGGGGACCCCCGCUCGCUCCAGAAGGCUGGCAACCCCCCAUGUCUCCUCCAGAUAUGCUAGUUCUCAGCCUCCAAAUCAGGAGGACUUUACUCCUCUCCCUUCAAUCAAUGAGCGUUUGGCCCUUCUCCGUCCUUCCCGGGAGCUGCUGGAAUACUACCGUAAGAAGAUUGCUGACUUUGAUGAGGAAUAUGAAGAUUUGGUAAAAAGGCUGGAGAGAUACAAAGAAACGUAUGAUGAGCAGCACAAAUUGCAGCAGGAGGUGCAUCAGCGGGAAGAGGAGAUUGCGGAGUUGCAAAAGGCUUUGAGUGAUAUGCAAGUCUACCUCUUCCAGGAGAGGGAACAUGUCCUUCGUCUUUACUCGGAGAAUGACCGGCUGAAAAUCAGGGAAUUGGAGGACAGAAAAAAAAUUCAACAUCUCCUGGCUUUAGUGGGAACAGACAAAGGAGAAGUUACAUAUUUUCACAAGGAGCCUCCACAUAAGGUUACUGUUCUGCAAAGGCCGGCUAAAUCCAGAGAUCCACAUGAACGAAAUGAUACUUCUAGAACAGGUGCCAAGAGAAGCACUUCAAAAACAGCAGCAAAAGGAGAGAAACCAGAAAGUCCUGAGAGAUAUCAGAGAGACAAUCAAACACUCCUACUUCAGGUGGAGGCCCUGCAAGCUCAGAUAGAAGAACAGACACGAUUAUCCAAGGAACAGGUUGAGGCACUACUAGAGGACAGGCGGAUUCACAUGGAGGAAGCCCAGGUCCAGCAUCAGAGGGACCAGGCCAAGAUCAAAACUAUAACAGAUAAACUCCAUAAGACCCAAAAUCUCUUAUAUGAGAGUACCCGUGACUUUCUCCAGCUCAAGUUUGAUGCCCGAGCCAAUGAGAAAGCAUGGAUGGCAGAGAAGGACAGUCUGUUGAGGAAACUUGACAAAGAUUCGGAUCAGCUUAUUAUCAGCAAGGAACCAGGAAGAGAGAAGAAGCAGAGAGAUACCAAGAAGAAGCUUCAAGCAGAUAAUGGGGCUUGGAAACUCCACAGCAGAGAAAUAAAGUCACUGCAAGAACAGCUAAUGCAGGAACAACGCCUAUCAAACAUGUAUAGAGAGCAGUGUGUCACCCUGGAAGAUGAGCUGGCUAGGAUUCGUGAGGAGGGAGAUGUUGGCAGAGAACUCUUUAAGGAACGCUCAGAAAAGAUGGGGAAGCGCCUCAAGCUGGUGACUCAGCGAUAUGAGGCCUUGGAAAAACGUCGUAAUAUGGAAGUGGAAGGCUUCAAGAAUGACAUUAAGCAGCUUCGGCAGAAGCUGAGAGAUGUAGAGGACCAGCUUUUUAAGGUGACUUUGAAUAUUGGACCAGACCAGGAUCUUGCAAUUCUACGUGAGGUCCACCAAGGAAACAGACUAACCCGUAAAAUUCAAGGAGAACUAAAAAAUUUAAAAGCUAAAAUCUAUGGCUUAGAGAAUGAACUACGAGUCUGCUGAAGCUGAGGUAUUAGCUGGCAUCCUAGUUUUAGGAAUGGGACAUUGCUAGACUGGAAUAGUCGUAUGUGAGAGCAGCUCCUGCCUAUCUGUUUCCUGGCAUCCAGUGACAGAAGGCUUGAGGAAAUCUGCAGUUAAUGUCAUAAUAUUGUACAUAAGCCAUUCCUAACAUGCCAGAUUAUAUUAUUGCUGUUUCAGCUGAGAGAUGACACCUCAUAAGACUGUCACGGAAAGUACAUGAUGACUGAUAUAGCAGGAAUAUGCUUAUGACUUCACCUUAUGUUCAUAUCUGGUAGGGGUCAGUGUAUACUGGCCUUCACCUUUAUUUGGAGCUUGUUAUAAACCACAUAAGGUUAUAAUGAAAUUAAUAAUCAUGGAAGGAUCUAGUUCAAUAUUUGAAUUGCUUAACUGACUUUUUUCUAUGUGAGAAGCAGCUUUUAAAAUGGUUUGAAUGAUUACUGGUUUAGUGCUUAGGCACUUCAGGUUGUAACUGGAAAUUUUCUUUGAAAAAGAAUGCAUGUGGAAACUACGUACUAAAGUUUAUUACAUCUCUUACAUCUACAUACCCUCCCCUUGACAGUAUAACUGUUUUUAAAUGGCUUCCCUUUGCUUCAUUUUAACCUAAUUGGGGAAAACCUGGCUGAUUUAAUAUGGUGGAAAAAUAUAACUUUUUAUAGAACUCAUUUGCAAGAACGAGCAGCAUCUACACUUGCUUUGAAUGUUUGAGGGGAAGGCAAAUGCUGCACUAUUGAGUGUUGUCUUCUCAUCCCUUUCCUCCGAGUUUAUCCUGACACACAGUGGAAGUUCCUAAUAAAAGGCAUCUAGUAUCUUUCUUAACCACCAUAUUAUCUAUCUUGGUAGCUUUAAAAGGGAUCAUGGUUACGUACCAACAAAUUGUAGUCAACUUUUGCUACAGCAGUUGUUGCUACUGAACUGUAACUGAAAUUGGGGUGGAAGAGCAGGUGCCUGGUUGCUACAUGAUGAAUAUAGCUCUAGCUAUAUGAUGAUUAUCUUUGUACCAGACAUCAGGACUUGGCAAUUCUAGGAAACAGAUGAAAUCAUGAAAAGGGUUACAACAUGGCUUCAGCCCAGUUUAUAGUUGCAGGUAUUCAUGCUUUUACUGUAGCAUCAGCACAUCUUGUCCACCUUGCAGAGCGACAGCAGGUCUGUGUUGGAAAAGGGAUUUCAGUGCCUCUGUUUCCUACCCUGAGUACCUUUCCUACCUCACUAAACGUGACAAACAGAAUAAAGUCUUUCUGAAGUAUACAUCUAUAGGCUACCAGCACCUCCUUUCCUGUUGAAAAGGACUUAGUGUGUGAAAGCAGACAGUUUCUCUUGAAUGUGGUAGCGGCCAUGGAGGUCCCCAUUCAAUGUUUGGGAGAGGCAGAUAUGCAAAAGAUGGUUUUGUGCUGUCAAGAUUUGGAGAAAGAAUUAUUUUUUGUUUAUAGCACUGGUUAAAUCAAUGCAGGAGGGGAAAUUCCCUUGAUGUUGGGGCUCACUUCAAUUGUGUUAUCUUUUUUGUGACGAGUUUGCUGUGCCUUAUGGUCCUGUGCUUUUUAUUUUGUAUGUGUUCUUGGGGUCAAAUUCAUGACAAACAGACUUUAGUGUGGGUGGCUGACAGUCUGUACCUAGAUGCUGAACUACUUCUAGAGUUUACGGGAGGCUGUUUUAAAGUAUGGCGCACUAAGUAGUUUAGCUGAAAAUGGUGAACUGGUUCAGAGAGCAAUUCAUGAACAACUUGGGUGUUGAUGCUAUGUGGACAGUUGAAGGUUAUUAAAUAAGACUAACCAUCAGUUAGUCUCACUCUUAGUUGACUAGUACUUUCUCAGAUAAGUCUAGCUAAUUAAAGUGAGUAUGUAUGUGAAAUAACAUGCUGGUUUGAAGAUAAGAUAUCAACAUUAUCACUGGUCUUGGAAGGCUGCUUCUGAAAAUUGCCACAUAAUGAAGUAUUAGCCACUUACUCAGCAGGAUCCAUCUAUUUAAAUUCAGCUGCUGGGUGGCUAGCAAACCAUCUCUUGAACCUAUAGAAAUAAAGGGGUUUCUGUUUGUUUUCUACUCUUUCAAGCUAAAGAAUUGUGUAUGAAAUCAUAUUUUCCUCACUUGAAAGCCAUGAAGAGUGUCUGGAUAACAACUGUAAGCUUUAAUGUUUGGGUUUGUAAGACUGGGAGGAAAUAUUGGGGGAAGAAGGAUGUAAAUGUUUAAUUUCCUGCCUUCCUUAGCAGUAUUCCUUAUUACUUGAAAGACUGAACAGAAUAAAAUGGCAACGUUCCUCAUAUUUCUGCUGGUGCGUCAAAAUCAAAGUGCAGCUUGACCUUUAUUCUUAAUUUGUCACCAGGCUAUGAAACCUUCCUAUUUGGAGAGGGGGGUGGUGAGGAAAAUCAUGGUGGUGCUGAUCAGUAAAUCCAUUUUAUUUGGAAGCUUAAAUUUUUGUCCAAGGGCAGGAUGUACAAAGUAUUGUACAUGCUCUUCUGUGUGACAUCAUGUGAUCAUGUGAAAUGUUGCUUUAUGUUGCCAAAACAAAUGAAGACCUUCAAGCCAAGAAUUGCUUUAAAAAACCAAGUGCUUUCUACCAUUGACAACUACCCUUUAAGAUGUCAGUAAGGAAUUAUUGGCAUUUCCAAGAGGGUUUCCUGAAAAAAUUUCCAACACCCAUAUUAGUCAAUUUUCUUUAACAAGUCUUGGGUAGAAAACAAAAAAUGGCACUUACUCCAAAGAAUGAUUAGAUAUUUUUUUUUUGCUAUUUUAAUAAUGUGUGACUUGUAUUAUUUCAAUAUAAUUAAAUUCCAGGUUAUGUAUGUAGGAGCACAUAAUUUGAAAGCUCUCCAAAAUGGCUGAUUCUUGGAAUAUGAAAACUAUCCUACAGAGGAUUAAAGGUUAGAACUGGACAAAUGUUCUUAGCGUGUGCCAAGAUACUAAAAUGUUUCUUGCAUAAAUAGGAGAAAAGUGAGCAGUAGAGGAAAACUUUAUUGUUGCGUAGCCAUUUUAGGUAAGGAAGGAGUGCGUACGUUUCAGAAAGGACGUUGAAAUAUUGGGUAAGGCACAGAGCCACAGAUGAUUCAGCAGAAGAGAAAAGGUUGUGCAAGAGCUCAUAUUGUAUUACAUUAAGAAGACUGAUUAAUAUACAUGUAUCUCGAAGAUUAAAAGCUACCAAAGGCCUCUCUGUCCUAGCAGAGAAAGGCGGAACAAGAACCACUAGCCUCAACCUGAAUUUAAAAAUGUGUGGCUUGGUUUUCUUGUUAAGAGGAAGAUUGUGCUUUUUUCCCCUUAUUACAGCUAACUCCUUGUGGAGGUAACAAAUUCUCCAUCUCUGUCUUCAAAUGAAAGGAUGAUUGCACCUCUGGAGAAGGUAGCUUGUUUUAAUAAGUUACUGGGUUUGACACAUUAGAACUUAAUGAAACCUAAUGACGUGAACUAACCGGAAAUCGUUUAAUGGUCCCUUCUGGCUUUAAACUUAUGAUUUAUUUAUAUGCAAUAUUUGUAGGGGCUUUUCAGCACCCAUGCAGUUGCCUUAAUUAUAAGAAUAUAUGCUGUGUCAGCUCACCCUACUCAGCAAGGUUACACAAGGUAAAAAAGCCGAAACGAAAUUAAAAAAAUCCCUCAUAAUCUUCCUAUGCCACAACUUGCAGUAAUUCCCAAAUUAAUUGAUGCUGUGACUGUGCUUAGAAAGGAGGCAGAUCAACAGCAGCCCCAGAUCUGACAGCUGUCAGAAUAAAUCUAAAUAAUGGUACAGUAUACACUUGUAUGCAAUGGCUGUACUUAAAUUGCUUACAUAAGUAAUAGUGCUAGUACAGAAACACACACAUUUUACCAGUAUGCGUGGACUCUGUGGGCAGCCUAAUAUUCUGGAAUUGUAAUGUCUGUAUGUAGGCCAGGAAUUAAUUCUUUGAUAAUCAGAUACUUUUUUGAGAUUAGCUGGGAGCGACAUCCCUGUGUACUUUGUUCUGGCAGAUCUGUUCAUAGUUGUGAAAAGGGAUGUCAUUCAGACUUUUA